AUGGCUGACCUAAAUGAACUGAGUGAUGCUGAGCUGUCAGAGAUGUUGAAGACCUAUGGUGUUAAUGUUGGACCCAUUAAUGAGGCCACAAGGAGGACUUAUGAGCGUAGGCUUGCCAAAUUGCAGGCAGAAGAACCUGCCCCAGUCUCUCAGGUGGUUAAUAAUGUUGAUCAGAGUAUUGAUGAAG